AUGGUGCCUCCCCCUUCACAGCUCAGCCCCUCCCCGAAUGAGAGGAGUGAGGAGGAGUGCUCUGGCUUUGAUGCUUUUGUUCUCCUCAGCAUCAUGGACAGAGCCAGGGGGUUUCAUAAAGAUAGAUACAACCUGCCAUCCCAUGAUGCCCUGGUGCAGAUCCUUCCAGAUUAUCGAUACCUCCUCAAUGGAGCGAACACUGAACCCCACAGAGCAGCCCAACAAGAACAGGAGAGACCAACCGAGAGAGCAGAGGUUACACAGGCCAACAAACCCAACAUAAACCACACGUACCAAGUACAUCACCCACACAAACGACCCCCUUUGCAUGAGGAUGAUCCCCACAUGGCAGAGAUCAACGACCUCCAAACAAAGGAGGUAGAAAACUAUCGUUCAGCCAUGAGUAGGAUGGCAGAAGACAUCAUAACACUAAGGACACAGGUGGUGACGUUGGAGGUGGAAAACAGCCAGCUCCGCAGCGAUCUGUCUCUGCAUCAGGACCUUGGCCGUCAUCUGCUGGAUGAUACAGACAUCGAUGUCAUGACCAAGGCUGAGAUUGCUGACAGGAUAGCUUCUCUAAAAUUCAAGCUGGCCAGUGAGACCAGUAAAGCUGCCUUGCAAAGGGACAGGAUCCAGCAGCUGCAGAAUGAGCUGAUCAGGAAGAAUGACAGUGAGGAGGAACUAUUAAAGAUCCAGAGAGUGCAGCUGCAGCAGGAGGAAGAUUUGCGGCGCCACCAGAGUCGCUUGGCAAAGAUGGCAAUUUUGGAGGCCACAGUGAAACAGCAAGAAAAGGUCAUCCAAAAGAUGGAGAAUGCAUUGGAUAGCAAACUCAAAGAGAAGAAUAAACUGAGUGGAGAAAAAAGGCAGGUGGAGCAAAAGAAAAGAGGUGAGUUUGACCACAGAAAGGGCGAAAUAGAGUCUGCACUGGCAGCAGAGAACGCUCGUCUCAGAAAAGAGCUGGACUGGAAUCGCCAGCAACCUGUCACCCUCAUUAAACAGCAGUCAGCACAGGUGCUACCAGCCAAGGAGAGACUGAGUUUACUAAAUAAACUGGAGAACGCAGAGUCAAGAGUCCAAACACUGGAGGAUCAGCUGGAGGAGAACUCUAAGUUAUGGGGGAGACAGAAACAGGAAAUGUUGACCAAACUCAACGAGCACAGGCAUGGCUUUAUCCGGACGUCCACCACAAUCCUUCAUAAUGUUCCUUCGAGGACUGUAUCGCAUCCCUUAUAUCAGCAAAGCGGAAAGAGGAAGCAGAAGCCUGUAAAAUGA